GGAAAAGGUGGUAAAAAGUACGAUAUUUUGUGCAUUAAACAUGUCUGGCCAGUUUCCGGGAGGUUACCAGAGCCCUAGUGGGCAUCGGGGAAAUUACAAUAGCCCGAUAAUUCAGCAACAUCUAAAUCAAAUGAACGUUCCCAACCAAAUGGGUAUGAUGGGUUUCAACCAAAACAACGUUAUGAACAGUCCACAAAUGCAAGGCGUACCCGGGCAGGGCAAUCAGGACAUGGGUCUAAAUCCCGGUAUGAUGCAGCAAAAUGCACAACAACAGCAGCAAGCCGCACAAGGCAUGCAAACCAACCCCCAACAGGUACCGUCGAACCAGCACCAGCAAGGACAAAAUCAAAUGGUCGGCCAGAACGCUUCCCAUCAAGCCAGCCAACCAACGGCUCAGAUGGGUAUGCAACCGGGUGGUAAUGUCGGACCCGGUAACGUAAUGAACAACCCACAAUCGCAGAACCAAUCCGUUCCACCGAAUCAACCGGGCGGUGGUGGUGGUGGUGGUGGAGGAACAACCGUACAGCAGCAACAGAAAGCCGAAUUUAAUCUACUUUCGCUGUGCCGCAUUGGGCAGGAAACAGUGCAAGAUAUUGUGAGCCGAUUUCAGGAAGUGUUUGGCAUAUUGCGCUCGAUACAACCACCGAACGGUACGAACCAGGGUCAGCUGUCGAGCAAUGAUAAGAAAGCGAAGGUACAGGAACAGUUCCGUACGAUUCGGCUGCUGUUUAAACGGUUGCGGCUGCUGUACGACAAGUGUAACGAUAAUUGCCAGCAGGGGAUGGAGUAUACGCAUGUGGAAAGUUUGAUACCGCUGAAGGGUGAAAUCGAACGGACCGAACCGGUACACACGGAGGAGUACAAGAAAGCGCUGCAGGAAAAUCGUGAGCUGGUGGCGAUGGUGCAGCUAAAGAACAAACAGUUGCGGGAAAUUAUAGACAAAAUACGGCUCACGAUAUGGGAGAUUAACACGAUGUUAAGUAUGAGACGAUGCUAA